UCAACUGAAGCAUUGAAAGUUGGAUAAGACAUUUUAUUCAAAAGUGGCCAACUGACCCUGGGUCAUCGAAUUGAAACCAUUGCAGGUGAAUUGUUGGGCACUGUAGAUACGUAUUUCAAUGAUAUUCGACGUCAUUCAUGGCUUUUCCUUUUGACAGAAAUGUUGAUGACGACAUGGCCUUUCUUCAUGCUUGGAAUGUUGAUGACGAAACUGUGUAGGGCAUCUGGGGUGACUGAUGUGAGAAAAGUAUAAAUCUCUUGCAUCAAAUGUUCAUGAUAUCAUUCUCUGGUGAGAAACAGACCUAGUAGUCUUGUUUAAGCAAUCCCUCUUUCACGGAUCUAACGACACUUUGCGGAUUAAUUCAUUACUUGCAAUGGUUGCCAAUUCUCCAACUGGUUCUUGUGGGACGGACAUCGCGGAUGAAAUUCGGUUUCUAAAGUUCUGCUCGGAGGUUUCCACAUCCGCUUACGAGGGGACGUUACGACCCGGGAAUGCGAUCGAGAAGCUUGGGAUGGAGGGGAAGAAAGGACAGACAAUUCACCAUGACUACGACAUCCCCGGAUGUGGAGGCUACAAGAUGCUCAGAUGUAUGCAUGCCCACCACGACUGUGUCAAACAGUACAGAAAGUUUUACGCUGACUUUCUUAAAUGUGAUACCAUGGCCGACGAGGCGAAGCAGUUCGUGGCGGACACUCUGAAGAAGCAUGAGAAACAAGUAGUGCAGGCUCUCUUGAAGAAACAUGCUAAGGAGUUGAUGGACCGUCACAGAUUAUGGAAGAAUGCCCUAGAUGAUCUCAACCAACAGGCCAGCAAGGUUGCACCAAUUAAGAAGCGGUUAGUUAGCAUCAUCCAACCCUUGCCGGUGGAGGCGUUGUGUGACUUUGAGGAAGAUGAGAUCUACGGUUUUGUUAAAGCACUGAAAGCCGAAGACGAAAAGUCUAGUUAUAUGGUUAGUGGAAGUACGCCAAAGAUUUCCAUCGAUGCCGGCGAGAAGUUCAUCGUGCUUGAUAACUCAAACAGACUGCUGUGGCGGGUCAGGAAGCGGAAUGGCGAAGAGGGAGAGGUCCCCGCGUUAUUCCUCGCACUUCCUCCACCAGAUGCCACCCUGACAAAGAAAGUGGCCAGAAUGGAGGAGGAAUUUGCCAACAGCGUUGUCAAGACUACAAACUUCCUGAAGAAAUCUGACAAAAAUAACUCGCUUGAGACGAUGCAGAUACUGCGACUGACGAAUAAUCAGCUUGACGAACUACAAAACCACAAGAUAAAUGGCACAAUGUUUAUACACCCUAUCAGAGAGAUGGAAGAAAUGUUAUCAGACUUAACAACGAUCCCCAAAACCACCAACCACAGCAGUAUCAAAAGCAUGUACAGUAUUAGCACCCUCAGUUUGGCCAGCAGCAGCAGCAUGGGAAGGAAGUCGAAAAAGAUAUUUGAAAUUAAAACAAGAUUGGUGGACAAUCAAGUGGAGGAACAAAUCGAAUGUUACGCACCGGAAAUAUCAGAAUACGAAGGUCACGAGGUCAAAAUGUUUAUCAUCUCGGCCGUCACGGACCCGCGAGAUUUCAAGGACAUUUCGAUUGACAAGGCGACCAAGGCUGGCAUUGUUGAUAUGACUGCCGGUACGUAUAUAAACCCGGACACAAAUGACACCAUGACGAUACAAGAAGCAAUGGCGGAGGGUUUGAUUAAAGUGGAGAGGUCAGUGACCCGGAAGCAGCAGGAGAAGGAGUAUAAAAAGCGGGCCAGGAGUUACGAAACUCUUUUAAAUUAGCGCAUGUGCGGUAAAAAACUGUUGAGUGCAUAUUAUGACUGACAUUUAAAAUGAUUAUUGACGUUUAUUUUCAUUACUAGAGGUCGAUUAAGUUUGGGAUAUGAAUCUCUGAGAUAUUUGGGAGACCUUACAAUAUUUUGCACUUGAAAGAGACUUUGUGCAGUUUAAAAAAAACAAAAAAAGGAUGACGUACUAAGUUAGUAUUUAUCGUUUAUCGGACCGGAGGAGAUAUUUUGUGGCAAAAAUGCAGAAUCCUUUUUUGUAUUUCAUCUGACUAUAGCUUGUUAUUGACAAUAAUUCAUGCAUAUAUGUACAUAGCUGAAUCAUCAUGAUGUAAAUGAAGCUAUAUUUAAAUAUGUCAAUCUUCAAAAACAAUACUGUUUUGGUAAAAGAGUACUCUUCGUGCAACGCUAUCAAUUCUGAUUUGGUAACUCAGUUUCUUUUGUCUUCUCUUACUACACGUAACUGCUUAUUCCGACUUUGGGAUCGGCUGCUUGUUCAAUUCCAUGACAGUUUGUUACAAAUUAUGUAAUAUCUUGUACAAUGCUACUAUUCGUAAUAAGAAAUGAUCGACAGUCAUUGUUUGAAAGUACAUGUAUAAAUACGCGGAAUAUAGCUUUUAAAUUUAGCAGCAUUAUUUGAAAUUACUCGUAAAAUUCAUUGAAAUAAAGAUUCAAAAGCCUU